UAUAAGCCUCGGUCCUUUAGGCACAUCAUAUGGAGACUAGAGUCCUCCAACCCAACUCUCUUCUUUACUUUUCUUCCCCUUGAUUUACACAUUCCAUAUUGUUUCAAUUACAAGGAAGCACAAAAUGGUGUUCAUGGAUUUUGAAUGGUUGUUCCAAAUUCCAAGUGUCCCUUGGUCUUCAGCAAUGUUUACCUUGCUGGCUACAAUAGGAGGAUUCUUAGUGUAUCUGUAUGGGCCCUACUGGGGUGUGAGGAAAGUUCCAGGUCCACCAUCUGUGCCUCUGAUAGGACACCUUCCCUUGCUGGCUAAGUAUGGCCCUGAUGUCUUUUCAGUCCUUGCCAAGCAAUAUGGCCCAAUCUACAGAUUUCAUAUGGGAAGACAACCUCUAAUAAUCAUAGCAGAUGCAGAGCUUUGCAAAGAGGCAGGCAUCAAAAAAUUUAAAGACAUUACAAACAGAAGCAUUCCCUCUCCCAUUUCUGCAUCCCCCCUUCACCAAAAGGGUCUCUUCUUCACCAAAGAUUCACAAUGGUCUACCAUGAGAAACACCAUAUUAUCACUCUACCAGCCAUCACACUUAUCCAGAUUAGUGCCAACAAUGCAGUCAUUUAUAGAAUCAGCAACUCAAAAUCUAGAUUCUCAAAAUGAAGACUUCAUCUUUUCUAAUCUUUCGCUCAGCUUGGCAACUGAUGUGAUUGGACAAGCAGCAUUUGGUGUUGAUUUUGGCCUCUCGAGGCCUCAAUCAGUGCGUGAUGAAAGUGGCAACAAGGAAGUAAGGGGUUCAGGUGCUGGUAAUGAAGUAUCAGAUUUCAUUAACCAACACAUUUACUCCACAACCCAACUCAAGAUGGACCUAUCUGGUUCCUUCUCCAUCAUACUGGGUUUACUUGUCCCAAUUCUCCAGGAGCCAUUUAGGCAGAUUCUGAAGAGAAUUCCAGGCACCAUGGACUGGAAAAUCGAGUGUACUAACCGAAAACUAAGUGGCCGUCUUGAUGAAAUUGUAGAGAAGAGAAUGAAGGAUAAGGUCAGAAGUUCCAAGGACUUCUUGUCACUCAUUCUAAAUGCAAGAGAAUCAAAAACUGUUUCAGAAAAUGUGUUCACACCUGACUAUAUCAGUGCUGUUACUUAUGAGCACCUGCUUGCAGGAUCAGCAACCACAUCCUUUACCUUGUCUUCCAUUGUCUAUUUGGUUGCUGGGCAUCCAGAAGUUGAGAAAAAGAUGCUUCAAGAGAUUGAUGGGUUUGGUCCAGUAGAUCAGACACCAACUUCUCAAGAUCUUCAAGAGAAGUUUCCUUACCUUGAUCAGGUGAUCAAAGAGGCCAUGAGAUAUUACACAGUCUCUCCAUUGGUUGCAAGAGAAACAUCAAAUGAAGUAGAGAUUGGAGGUUACCUUCUUCCAAAGGGGACUUGGGUCUGGUUAGCGCUUGGAGUUGUAGCAAAAGAUCCCAGAAACUUUCCGGAGCCAGAAAAGUUCAAACCGGAGAGGUUUGAUCCCAAAUGUGAAGAAAUGAAAAGAAGACAUCCUUAUGCUUUCAUACCAUUUGGAAUUGGUCCUCGGGCUUGCAUUGGUCAGAAAUUUUCCCUGCAAGAAAUCAAGCUGUCUCUGAUUCACUUAUAUAGGAAAUACUUGUUUCGGCAUUCACCUAAUAUGGAGAAUCCCUUAGAACUUGAAUAUGGCAUAGUGCUCAACUUCAAGCACGGUGUCAAGGUUAGAGCCAUAAAAAGAACAGAGAGGAGCUGCUAAAUAAACUGUUUAGAUUUUACUUAUGCUGCUGAGGUCAGAGAAUGUAUUACAAAUUAUAGUAGAAAUAAAUGUGCUGAGAUCCAAGAAUAAACAAUCAUGUCAUAUAACAUCAAGUGCAAGUUUAUGAAAGGGAAAGAUACUACAACGA